AUGUCAGCCUCGCGACUGCCCCUACGAGAGACCAUGGACAAUAACGCGACCCUCACCCCGACCCCCGAUCCCGACGGCACAACGCGUCGUCGCUCGGGACGCGUCGUGAGAGCGCCCGCCAAGUUCACCCCCGAGCCCGCCACUCAAUCCUCCAACGCGAAGCGCAAGCGAGACGAUGCAGAUGAUGACGAUGACGACGAGGAUGCCGAGAAUGAAGCGCCUGAUUCCGAUGAGGAGAUGAGCGACGAGCCCGACAAUGAGAGCGACGAAGACCACCCUGCGCCGCGCUCCAGAAAGAAGUCGUCGCAAACAAGUCGCGCAAAGAAGCCAUCCUCCAAAAAGCCCAAGAUCAAUGGAUCCCAGCCCUCGCGACCUGCGCGAGCUACCCACGCCGCCAAGAGCCUUCCCAGCAGGCCCAAGAAGACGGUUCGCAUUGAGGAGGCGGCCGAGAAGGGAACCGGCCUUUUCGCUGAUCUCUUUGGCACUGGAGGAGAAUCUGUCGAGUCGGUCGUCACAGAAUGGGUGCACAAAUACCGCGAAGACGAAGCUGCAGCCAUGACGGACCUCGUGAAUUGCAUCCUGCAAUGCGCCGGCUGCGAUCAAGAGGUCAACGAGGACGACAUUCGGGACCCCGAGAACAUCCCCAACCGACUGAUUGAUCUUCAGAGUGUUUACCAAGAGCAACAAAUCACAGAUUAUCCUCUAAUCUCCAGAACCAAGUUUACGCGGUCUUUCCGCGACAUCCUAGUGAGCUUUUUCGAGGAGCUCCUCUUGGCCAUCCACGAGGCCAACCUCAUCUAUCAAGAUGAGAGUCUAAUCGAUAAUCUCCACGCCUGGCUGGCCAGCAUGUCUUCAUCGUCUCUCCGACCUUUCCGCCACACCGCUACUACCAUAUCACUAGCCGCUCUGACGGGACUGGUGAGGGUGGCGGACAGAUUGGACGACAGAAUCAGCCACGUUGGGAUUCGCCUGCAGAAGGCCAAGAAAGCCAAGAGCAAGGUGAUGGCAGCGGACCAUCAGAAGGAGCUGGACAAGAACAACAGCAACCGCAAGAUCUGCAGUGAAGCGAUUCAGUCCUUCUUUGACACAGUUUUUGUUCAUCGCUACCGAGACGUUGACCCCAAGAUCCGAACUGAGUGUGUCGAGGCACUCGGAAAUUGGAUCCUGGGCUUGCCAAACGUCUUUCUUGAGCCAAGUUACCUCCGUUACCUUGGCUGGAUGCUGUCAGAUACCAACGCGCCGACUCGACAUGAGGUUCUGAAGCAGCUCACCAAGGUUUUCAAGCGAGACGCGUCUCAGCUUGGCCACUUUAUUGACAGAUUCCGACCUAGGCUCAUAGAGAUGGCCUGCAAGGAUUCUGAGGUCUUUGUUCGCGUGGCGGCAAUUGGCUUGAUUGAUGUUCUUCGUGCCAAGGGCAUGCUAGAGGCCGAAGAGAUUGAUGCCAUUGGAAAGCUCAUCUUUGACAAUGAGUUCAGAAUCCGAAAAGCCGUGGUCGGAUUCUUUGUGGCGUGCGUUGAUGAGGCCCUUGACUCGAAGCUGGAAGACCUUGGUGGCUCAGAGGUGAUGGAUGAGAUACCCGCAGGAAAAUAUGAGGAUGGGAGACCACAGGAUCCCUUUGACGCACCUCGCGCCGACUGGGCUGAUCUCAAGUGCCUCGCCGAGACGCUCGCUAUUUACGACAGUCAGAUCGAGGAACACCAUCAAGCCGCGCAGAGCCUGAGGCUAGACGUCGCUGUGGAUCUUUUGGAGGCAACAAUCCCCGACACCAGAAUCUCGUUGGCAUCGCAGGUUCUCUAUGAGAGAGUCGAAGAGAUCAAGGACUGGAGGAUAUUGGCAGGUUACCUCCUCUACGACCACACGACCAGCUCAAGGUCAAAGUCCAGGGGCAAUGAUGCAGAGAGGGCAUUCAAGAAGGCUGUCGCUCCCGCGGCAACUGAAGAGGCGAUUCUCUUGGAUGUUUUGAGUUCAGCAGUCAAGUCAAGCCUUGCCCAGGCCAGUGAGCAUGACAAGGGGAGAAAGAAGCUGCAGACAACCGAUGGGUUGAGCUCUGAGGACAUUGCGCUUGAGCUUGUCAGUCUCAUCCCCAAGCUCCUCAGCAAGUUUGGCGCCGAACCGGAUACGGCAGCGAUUGUCCUUCGUCUGGCUCAUUUCCUCAACCUAGACGUUUUCCAACAACUACGACAGGAUACCAGCAAAUAUGAGACCCUGCUUGAUGAGGUCAGCACGCAGUUUAACAGACACGACGAUAAGAGAGUCUUGUCCGAGGCAGCCACAGCUUUGCUGCAUUCACGACAGUACGACGAACUCGAGGAGCUGACUGACGGCAAGCUCUCGAACCUCUGGGAAACUGUCGUCACUGCUCUUCACAACUUUGACAAGACUUGCGAAAUCUCAUCACGAGGAAACCUCGCCGAAGCACCUCUCAAGGAACUGUCGACAGUUCUUCUCAAGAUUAGCAAGUUGGCGAGCAUCUCGGAUUGCAUCGACGUUCUGGAAGCUGAAGGUGGCACUGAGGAGUCACCUGUGUCACCAGUCAUUCAGAUUCUGGCCAACAUCGUGCACCGGGGCAAGUACGAGCCCUUGGACGACGAGGACCUCGAUGAUCUCGAGGACGAGGUGGUUUCGUUCGCUAUCAAGAGCUGCCAAUUCUACUUUAUGUGGAAGGCCCGGGCAUUCUCCAAACUGCUUUCGUCGGGCGUGAAUAUCGCAGACGCUGAUCUCGAUCGCCUAUCCGUGCUACGGCAAACCUUCCGUAGACAUCUCAUCGAGACACUCUCAUCUCGGGCUGCCAUCGACCAGCUUCGACUAUUCGCUACUGGAAGUCUUUGCGAUCUUCACCUCACUUUUGCAAGCCUUCGACCAACGAUCGAGCACUUCCGUCCUUCGUCAAGCUCUGAGUCAGAGGCGGCGACGGGUGGCGAAAAGUACAAGUCCCUGAUUCAGGAGAUUGAGUCAGGCCUUGUGCCCGAACUGGUCGCCAUCUUUGAUGGCGCUGAGCGACAAUACGCCAAGAAGUCAAAGAAGGAUAAGACGCUGAACGAGCCAGCUGAGGAUGAAGAUCCCGUGGCCGAUGACGAAGAUGAAGACGAGGAUGAUGAGGAUGAGAGCCUGUCUGAGGAAGAGCGGUUCGCCGCUGAGCUCAAGGCUGAAAAGGCACUCUGUGAGCUCACGGCCAAGUAUGUCCUCGCCAUCACAGCGAGACUCGUAGACAACCGUGGCGCUCAUGCCGGCAAGCUACGGAGACGUCUACUCCGCAACCAACACAAACUCGGCCACAACUUCAAAGAAGUCGUCGCCUAUCUCGACGAGGAGAAGCUUGCUGAGCGCACGAGAAAGAAGGCCGCCAGUGUCCAGCCCCCCUCCACCGCCGCCGUCUCCAAGACCCAGAAGCCGCAGCUCAGCGAGCCCAUCGUCACCAUCGGGGACGACGACUCUGACUCGGACGACAUCUUUGACGACACGCCUCCGCCCGAGGAAGGCUCGCGGGAGGAUCUCCGGCGCAAGGGCCUCCUUGAGGAGGAUCCCAUCGACGACGACGACGAACACGAAGAGGAACGACCAGCUCACGAAUCAGAUGAUGAAGUUCUCGGGGAUUAA